AUGUCGAAGCAGGAGGGAGAUGCGGUUUCGGAAAAGAACGCCGCGGUGUACAGCCGGACGCCAGACAGCGAUGUCGACUCGAACGAGAACAGAGUAUCCGAUGCAACGAAGGCCAAGCCGCCGUGGUGGGCGUACAUCUGGGACUACGAGCCUGGCCGUUCAAAGGAGGAAGUCGCCUUCAUUCGCCGACUAGACGUCAGCGUGCUGAACCUAGACCAGACCAACAUUGCAAACGCAUUCGUGAGCGGCAUGAAAGAAGACCUGGCCAUGAACGCCAAUCAGCUGAACUUGAUCGACGUGGCAUGGACAACAGGCUACGUUGUUGGACAGAUUCCCUCGCAAAUCAUCCUCACCAAAGUGCGACCAAGCAUCUGGAUACCCUCUUGCGAAAUGGUAUGGACGAUCCUGACCUUCUGCCUAGCAGCAGCCAAGACCUCGAACCACGUGAUUGCAAUUCGCUUCUUCGUCGGACUCGCUGAGAGCAUCUUCUAUCCCGUCGGCCAUAUGAUCCUCGGAAGCUGGUACAAGCCUUCAGAACUGGCCAAAAGAGCAUGCAUCUUCCAUGCAUCCAGUGCGAUUGCCAGUAUGUUCAGUGACUACCUGCAAGCCGGCGUGUACAAAAGUCUGAACGGCGUUCACGGGAUGACUGGGUGCAGUGGUUCUGGGCUCUUCCUCAUCCCCGACCUGCCGGAGAAAUCGCGGGCGUUCUAUCUGCGCAAAGAUCAAAUCCUAUUGGCACAGAAGCGUAUGGACGACGUCGGACGUGCGCCGCGCAAGAAGCUGGGCUGGUCGACCUGGAAGCGCAUCUUUGGUCGAUGGCAUGUGUAUCUCCUCUGCGUUUUGUACAUCAUCUUCAUCAACACCGGGCCAUCUUCGAGCAUCAACCCAAUGUCGCUUUGGUUGAAGGCGCAAGGGUACUCAGUGUCCCUCAUCAACAUCAUUCCAACGACUCAGUCAGCAGUACAGGCGGUUUCGACUAUCCUUUCGGCAAUCUUCAGCGACUACUGGCGUAAUCGAGCUGCCUGGAUGUCGGUUUCUACGGGGUUCGGAUUGUUUGUCUGUGUUGUGCUAGCGGUGUGGAGUGUUCCGAGUGGUUUGAAGUGGUUUGCAUUCGAGGUGUACAGAGUCAGCGUUCCGUACGGACCGAUCUCGAUGUCUUGGGCCAACGAGAUCUGCGGCGCAGAUGCUGAAGAACGCAGCAUUGUGCUGGGCUUGAUGAACUCCUUGGGUUAUGCAUUCAAUGCAUGGGUGCCGUAUUUGACGUAUCCCCAAGUCGAUGCGCCUCGGUUCCGCAAAGGCUUCAUCUUCUCGAUUGGUGCUUUUCUGGCACAGUUCGCGAUAACAUGGAUCGUUUGGUGGUUCCAGAGGAGAGACGUCAGGCAGAAGAAGGUGCUCACUGCCGAAGCCGUAGACCGUGUGCACGUUCUCGAAGCAUAG